AUGCCCACGCCAGUCGAGCCCGGCGGGGAUCGCCCUCCCGACUCCGCGAACAAGAAUACCCGCGCGAAAGAAGCUGCGACAGAACCGGCAACCUCUGUGAAACCGGUGACGACGCUCGCGGUGACGACGCUCGCGGUGAACUCGACAGCUCCCGGGACCACAAAUUUGAAAAAGCGCGGCAGAGGUCGCCCUCCCGGCUCCAAGAACAAGAAAGGGACCGCGUCCGCGGGGGUAGCCACGCCCGCGAGCAACAAACGACCACGGGAUGUGUGGGUCGUCGAGUCAAGCAAGGUGACAUUUGAUCGACGGCACGAUUGCAUUGAGUACAAGGAUAUCCACGGUGUGUUUGCAUCUCUCAGGGCCGCGAACGUGGAAGCCAGGAAGAUCCAGGCAGAGGAGGUUGACGGGAUAGAUGAAGAGUAUUCUGGAAACAUUCAAGAAGUGGAAAAGAUAGACAGCGACGACAAGCCGUUCUACUACUCGCACCUGCAGGAGACACCUGGGUACGACACCGAAACCACCACGACCAUCGAGGUGCGGCAGUUCCCUCUGCGUUGA